AAGCGAUUCCCUAAGGUAAUUAGCUUUAAUAAUAUUUAUAAUACUAAUCGUUUUAAGCUCCCUUUUUUUAAAAUUAUUAACGCGUUUAGCCUUAUUAAUAACGAGAGACAAAAGGGUUUUUAG